CUCGGCCUCACCCCAUCCAUAUACAUAAACCAUCUGUUUUCCAAGCUCCAUUCGACCACCUCGGCGGCCCAGCUUUCGGUUCAGAAGGCGGAUUCCAGUGGACAUGGCAUGAAAGAAUAGGGAAAUAGAAGUUCACAGACCAAAUGGCUUCUCCCUGUCGAUUCAUACUCCGAGUGGCUCCGUCCAGGCUGGCCGCGCCGUUCCGCCUCCCAGUCUCCCGGCACCGCCCAACGGCAUCGAAACUUGCACAGGUGCCUCGUCGCCCAUGGACGGCCUACUCGACAGCUGCCGCCCCGGCCGCGCCCAAGGCCAACAGCACCUCGGCCUCGGCGACGAUUGAGAUCGACGGCCGGACCUUCACAAAAGACAGCUGGUACAAUGUCCCCGCCAACGUGAUCGACGCGGCGUCCCGCAAGCUGCACCUGCAAAAAGACCACCCCGUGUCCAUCACCCGGAAGAUCAUCGAGUCUGUGUUCCCCGCGCCGACGUACAAGUACUACAACAACUUCCACCCCGUCGUCUCCGUCCAGGAGAACUUCGACUCCCUGGGCUUCCCGCCCGAUCACCCAGGUCGCGCCCGCUCCGACACCUACUACAUCAACGAGUCGACUCUCCUGCGAACCCACACGAGCGCACACGAGGCCGCCAUAUUCGAGGCCAACGAGAGCAGCGGCUACCUGAUCAGCGCCGAUGUCUACCGCCGCGACGAGGUGGACCGGAGCCACUACCCUGCCUUCCACCAGAUGGAGGGCGCACGGCUGUGGGACAGGUCCAAGGUCCCCGGCGGCGACGUCGCAGCCGCGGUGUGGGCCGACCUGGACAGGCUGCCCAAGCACAGCAUCAAGGUCGAGGACCCCAACCCGCCCUUCCACCCCGAGCGCAACCCCAUGCAGACCGCCUACCACUCGCCCGAGGAGGCCGAGGCCAUCACCGCCCACCUCAAGCGGAGCCUGGAGCUGAUGGUCGUGGAGAUUUUCACGCGCGCCAAGAGGGCGGCGGCCGCGGCAGACCCGGACUACAAGGACGAGCCGCUGCGGGUGCGCUGGGUCGAGGCCUACUUCCCCUUUACCGCCCCCAGCUUCGAGCUCGAGAUCUACUACGCCGGCGACUGGCUCGAGGUGCUGGGCUGCGGCGUCACCCAGCAGAGCAUGUACAUCAACGCCGGGCAGCCGCAGCAGCUGGGCUGGGCCUUCGGCAUCGGCCUGGAGCGCAUCGCGAUGCUGCUGUUCAACAUCCCCGACAUACGGCUGUUCUGGUCCAAGGACCAGCGCUUCCUGGGCCAGUUCGCGGGCGUCUCGGACAACCUGGACCUGGUGCGGCGCUUCGUGCCCUUCUCGAGGCACCCGGAGUGCUACAAGGACGUCUCGUUCUGGCUGCGGUCGAGCUCCUCGGCAGGGGGCAACACCAGGGCCAACGCGCACGACUUCCACGAGAACGACCUCAUGGAGGUGGUCCGCAGCGUGGGCGGCGACGUGGUCGAGGACGUCAGGCUCGUGGACGAGUUCACGCACCCCAAGACGGGGCGGAGGAGCAAGUGCUACCGCAUCAACUACCGCAGCCUGGAGAGGACCCUGACCAAUGCCGAGACCAACAAGAUGCACUCCGAGGUCAUCGAGGCGCUCGUCGAGAAGCUGGGUGUCGAGAUCAGGUAACCGGUAGCCGGCAAGGGGCAGCAGACACACGCGGGCGCUUGAGUGCAGACUCAAGGGUCUCCCAUUGCUACGCGCCCGGGGCCCAACUCAUAUCCACCUCGCGCCCCACAAUACUGAUUGCACCGGGCUCUAGCCGGUAGAUGUCAGAAAACAAUCAAAUGAUACCCAAACAGUCUUCUCCUGUUGUUCCCCGGCCCCCUUGCUGGCUACGCGCUGCAUUGUGACGAUCCGCGGCUACCGCGCUCUCGGCUUACGCAUCCCAUGUCCGGCUACUUAGAUUGGCCGUGAGGUCGAGUCAGGCCCCGGAGGAGGGCACGGUCAUUCCGAUGUGGUCUCUUGCCGAUCACUGGGAGACAUGUAGGUUUUGGUAUCAGUCGUGAUGCCAUCUCCGUUGGGGCCGACCGUAUGAUUGUAUUUCGUAUGACUUGUCCACGGAUGUCUUUGCCCUGUCCUGGGUGAAAUCGGCUACGGGGGUGGGUGCCUUUCAUUGCAGAGAAAAGCCGCGGGGCUCAAUUGCAACUUCUACCUAGAUCGAGCUCAUAGUUGGUCUCGGAGUGGCGAGUCCUACUUCCAAAGACCCCGUAAUGAAACCUAUUCGAACCAUGGCUUAAUUGCGCCUGUGAAAAUGGGCGCCGGCGGAUUACUUCUCGCAUCACGAGUGAGGCAGACAGGAGACAAGGGCUGCCGCCGAUCAAGUAGCAACCCAGAUUAUUAUGUUAUCGAUAUAACAAUGCAGCAGGAAACCGGUCUCGGAAGGCCUUGGCCACCGGUGAUGAAAUGCGAGUACACGAAGGUGCAGGUAGGAUGCUCAUUCUCUUGGGCAGUGACCUCCACCCUUCAUUCUUUGCCCUUGUACGUACAGUACAGCAUUUGCUGUGGAAGCUGUCUCAGUAGAGGCUAUCCUGUGUCGGGUCACGCCCGAGUGGAUUAUCGCGAACGGGGUUCUUCUACAGCAUGUAAGAAUACGGCAAGCUUUC